AAUAAUAACUACAAUAUAAUUGUAUAAACAAAAAUAAUAAAUAUUUUUAAAAAAUUGUUUUUUAAAUUUUUUAAAUAAUUUUUAUAAAUUUUAGUAUUAACUCAUGUCUUAUUAUUAUAUUGUUCAUGAUAAUAUGUCCAUUACAAUCGAUUUAAACUUUUAUUAAAUGCUUUAUUUAGAGGUUGAAAUUCUCUAGAACAUGCUAGAAGUUUUUCGGAACUGUAAAAACAGAAAGGUUAUAGUCAGUACUACUAUGUACUAAUCAUUUGUUAACGUUGUUAUAACUUGUAUGGUUGAUACUUAUAACCCCAUAUACGUGUAUAAAUAAAAAUAAAAGAAAGUUAAAAAUGUCGCAAGAAGCAACUUUAUUGCACUGUUAUAAUCGUGGUUGUGGAAAAAAGUUUGAUCCAAAUGACAAUAAAGAAGGAGACUGUAUUUAUCAUCCUGGGCAUCCAAUAUUUCAUGAUGCUUAUAAAGGCUGGUCUUGUUGUAAUAAGAAAUGUACAGAUUUCACAGAAUUUUUAAAUAUUAAAGGCUGUGCAAAAUCAUGUCAUUCAAAUAUUAAACCAAUAGAACCAGAAAAGUCUACUAUUGAUAAGUCAAAAUCAAAUGAAAUAAUUGAAGUAAUUGCUCAACCUCUUAUCAAUGAACCUAUUUUAGAAAGGCCUCCUUUUGAUACUCCACAAAUGACAUUAACUCCCAAUGUGUCACCUAAUUUAUUAGAACAAAUUAAAGGAUUAAUUUCUAAUGUUUCAAAAACUACAUUUGACACUAAAGUUCAAAUUGGGCAAAGUUGUAAAAAUAAUUCAUGUAAAGCUACAUAUAAUGGUCCUGCAUCUGAAGAUGAAAUAUGUAAUCAUCAUCCUGGAACUCCUAUUUUUCAUGAAGGAAUGAAAUAUUGGUCUUGUUGCCAAAAAAAAACUACAGAUUUUUCUACAUUUUUAGAACAACCAGGAUGUACACAAGGAAAACAUAUUUGGAUUUCUAAAAAUACUGAUAAAAAAGUUAAAUGUAGAAUGGAUUGGCAUCAAACGGGAUCAUUUGUUGUAGUUUCAAUUUAUGCUAAAAAAUAUGAACCAGAUCAAUCAUUUGUUAAAUUAAAUCCUAUAAGAUUAUCUGUAGACUUAUUCUUUAUAGAAGAAAAUUCUAGAUAUAAUCUUGAUAUAGAAUUGAGAGGAAUUGUUGAUGUCACACAAAGUAGUGUUAAUAUGCUUCCUACUAAAGUUGAGAUCAAAUUAAAGAAAGCAGAAUCUGGAUCAUGGGCAAAAUUAGAUUUUCCUAGAAAAAAUGAAGAAGAAACAGAAGAAAAUAAUCAAAAUAAUGAAAAUAUUAAUAAUGUGGAAAUUGAUGCUGUGGAUCUUAGUGAUCUUUAAAUAUUCACAUUUAAAUAAUUAAUUAAUAAUUAAUAUUAUUGUAAAUUAUGUACCUAUAUUAUUUUUAAGGAUAUUACUUUUAUUUAAUGAUACAAAGAAAUAUUAUUUUCUUAAUGUUGAUGGAAUUAUUUCAAAGAAAAUGAAUAUUUAGUAAAAGUAUUUUUGUUAAUUUUCAUAGUAAAUGAAAUAUGUAAAAAAAUUUAUUAUCAAAAUUUUAUAUUUAAAAGAAAUACUGCAUCUUUACAUUUCAUGUUUUAUUUAUGGUUUUUCAAAUAUCAAUAAAUCAUUUUUAAUUUA